CCCGCGCCCCCGCGCCCCCUCCCUUCCCCGACCCCCUCCCUGCACCGCUGCGCCCCCGGCACCCCCAGCACCUGCAGUCCACCAGCCCAGCGACCCCCCCUUGCACCCCAGCACCCCCAGCUGGGACACAGUGCUGGGUUGGGAACAGCAGCAGGGACACCGCGGGGGCGGGGGCCGGGGACACGGCUGGGACAUGGUCCCAUGGUACAGCGAGGGGGGAGCGGGACCCUGGGGUACAUGGGGGGCACAGCACUGGGGCACAGUACUGGGGGCACAUGUGAGGGGGCACAGCACUGGGGCACAGUACUGGGGGCACAUGUGAGGGGGCACAGCACCGGGUCAUGGAACUGGGGGUACAUGGGGGGCACAGCACCGGGACAUGGAGCUGGGGUACAUGGGGGGCACAGCACCGGGACAUGGCACUGGGGUACAUUGGGGACACAGCACUGGGGGAGGCGGGUCAGAGCUGCCCCGGGUACCGGGGCGCUGGGGUACCAAGCACAUUUGGGGGCGCGGCACUGGAGCUCAGCAUGGGGGCUGGGGGUGCAGGCUGCGCUGGGUGCCAAUGGCGCGGUGGGUGCCAGCCGGGCACAACCAGGGUGCACGGCCCAUGGUGCGGGUGGGUAUGUCCCUUGGGCGCAGCACCUUUGGGACACCGUGGAGCCGCCGUGCGGGGCCGGUGGCGUGGCAGGUGGCGGUGCCGGCGGUGCCGGUGCCCGCUCAGCCCCAGUGCCGCCCGCAGCCCGAGCAGGAGGUGCCGGGCGCCGGCUCGCCCGCCUUCGGGGAGGAGGAGGAGGAGAAGGACCUGAACAAGGCGCUGGGCGUGGAGCGCUUCGAGGAGAUCCUGAGCGACACGCACCCGCGCAAUGCCGAGGAGGCCGGGCGCAGCUACGGCGAGGAGGACUUCGAGUACCACCGCCAGUCGUCCCACCACAUCCACCACCCGCUCUCCACACACCUGCCCCCCGACGUCCGCCGCAAGAAGGGGGUGCUGAAGAAAGGCAAGAAGCAGCGCCGCCGUGCCUCUGUCCCCGGAGAGACCCCCACCAUCGAGGAGGCCGAAGAGGAUGAGGACGAGGCGGGUGACACGGACACAGAGCGGUCGGCGGAGGAGCUCCGGCAGCCCGGCGCGGCCGAGGCCGUGCAGUUCUUCCUGCAGGAGGACGAGGUGACCGAGCGGCGGGCAGAGGAGCCCGUGGCCCCCCCGGCGCUGCCCGGCUCGCCCCCCGAGCCCCGCGGGUCCACGGCCCCCAGGGACGUGCGGACAGGCAGCCCCGAUGCGGAGGAGGGUGGUUUGGUGGAGGGGGCGGCCGCCGAGGCCGGCUCCCCCGGUCGCCCCGUGGCCAAGUCGCAGCCGGGGCACCGCAGCUACAACCUGCACGAGCGGCGGCGCAUUGGCAGCAUGACGGGCGCGGAGCAGGCCCGCUACCAGAAGAUGCCGACGGACGAGUCGGAGGCGCAGACACUGGCCUCGGCCGACCUGGACUACAUGAAGAGUCACCGCUUCGAGGACGUGCCGGGGGUGCGCCGGCACCUGGUGCGCAAGAGCGCCAAGGCGCAGGUGGUGCACGUCAGCAAGGACCACAAGGAGCCCAGCACGCGGCAGCGCAAGCAGGACCGGCAGCCCCACGAGGUGUUCGUGGAGCUGAACGAGCUGGUGGUGGACAAGAACCAGGAGCUGCAGUGGAAGGAGACGGCGCGCUGGAUCAAGUUUGAGGAGGACGUGGAGGAGGAGACAGACCGCUGGGGCAAGCCGCACGUGGCCUCCCUGUCCUUCCGCAGCCUCCUGGAGCUGCGCAAGACCCUGGCGCACGGGGCCGUGCUGCUGGACCUGGACCAGAAGACGCUGCCGGGGGUGGCUCACCAGGUGGUGGAGCAGAUGGUGAUCACUGACCAGAUCCGGGCCGAGGACCGCGCCAACGUGCUGCGGGCGCUGCUGCUCAAGCACAGCCACCCGAGCGACGAGAAGGAUUUCUCCUUCCCGCGGAACAUCUCUGCCGGCAGCCUGGGCUCGCUGCUCACGCACCACCACAGCACCAACCACGUGCCCGAGGGCGGCGAGCCGGCCGUCACCGACCCCCUCAUCGCCGGCCACGCCGCGGAGCACGACACGCGGGUGGACGUGGAGCGGGAGAGGGAGGUCCUGACCCCCACCCUCCCGGCCGGCAUCACCCGCUCCAAGUCCAAGCACGAGCUGAAGCUGCUGGAGAAGAUCCCGGACAACGCCGAGGCCACCGUGGUGCUUGUGGGCUGCGUGGAGUUCCUGGACCACCCCACCAUGGCCUUUGUGCGGCUGCGGGAGGCGGUGGAGCUGGACUCGGUGCUGGAGGUGCCGGUGCCCGUGCGGUUCCUCUUCGUGCUGCUGGGCCCCAGCAGCACCCACAUGGAUUACCACGAGAUCGGCCGCUCCAUCUCCACCCUCAUGUCGGACAAGCAAUUCCACGAGGCCGCGUACCUGGCCGACGACCGGCACGACCUCCUGACCGCCAUCAACGAGUUCCUGGACUGCAGCGUGGUGCUGCCGCCCUCCGAGGUGCAGGGCGAGGAGCUGCUGCGCAGCGUUGCCCACUUCCAGCGCCAGAUGCUGAAGAAGCGCGAGGAGCAGGAGCGGCGGGGGCUGCUGGAGCCCAAGUCCCCGGAGGAGAAAGCGCUGCUGAAGCUGAAGGUGGUGGAAGGGGAGGGCGAGGAGGAGGACGACGACCCGCUGCGGCGCACGGGCCGGCCCUUCGGGGGGCUGAUCCGGGACGUGCGGCGCCGCUACCCCAAGUACCUGAGCGACUUCAGGGACGCGCUGAACCCCCAGUGCAUCGCCGCCGUCAUCUUCAUCUACUUCGCCGCGCUGUCGCCGGCCAUCACCUUUGGGGGGCUGCUGGGGGAGAAGACGCAGGACCUGAUCGGGGUGUCGGAGCUGAUCAUCUCCACGGCGCUGCAGGGCGUGCUGUUCUGCCUGCUGGGUGCGCAGCCCCUGCUCGUCAUCGGCUUCUCGGGGCCGCUGCUGGUGUUCGAGGAGGCGUUCUUCACGUUCUGCACGUCCAAUGACCUGGAGUACCUGGUGGGGCGCGUCUGGAUCGGCUUCUGGCUCAUCCUCAUCGUGCUGGUCAUGGUGGCCUUCGAGGGCAGCUUCCUGGUGCGCUUCGUGUCCCGCUUCACCCAGGAGAUCUUCGCCUUCCUCAUCUCCCUCAUCUUCAUCUACGAGACCUUCUCCAAGCUGGCCAAGAUCUUCCAGGAGCACCCGCUGCACGGCUGCCUGCGCGCCAACGGCACGGCCGGCACGGAGGCGGCGUGGAGGAACGGCAGCACGGCCCCGGCCAACGGCACGGCCGCCCGCGCCGCGGCCAAGGUCACGGGGCAGCCCAACACGGCGCUGCUGUCGCUGGUGCUCAUGGCCGGCACCUUCUUCAUCGCCUUCUUCCUGCGCAAGUUCAAGAACAGCCGGUUCUUCCCCGGACGGAUCCGGCGGCUCAUCGGGGACUUCGGGGUGCCCAUCGCCAUCCUGGUGAUGGUGCUGGUGGACUACGGCAUCCAGGACACGUACACGCAGAAGCUGAGCGUGCCCAGCGGGUUCUCGGUGACGGCGCCGGACAAGCGCGGCUGGGUGAUCAACCCCCUGGGCGAGCAGAGCGACUUCCCCGUCUGGAUGAUGGUGGCCAGCGGCCUCCCUGCCAUCCUCGUCUUCAUCCUCAUCUUCAUGGAGACGCAGAUCACCACGCUGAUCAUCAGCAAGAAGGAGCGGAUGCUGCAGAAGGGCUCCGGGUUCCACCUUGACCUCCUGCUCAUCGUGGCCAUGGGCGGCUUCUUCGCGCUGUUCGGGCUGCCGUGGCUGGCGGCGGCCACAGUGCGCUCGGUCACGCACGCCAACGCCCUCACCGUCAUGAGCAAGGCUGUGGCGCCCGGGGACAAGCCCAAGAUCCAGGAGGUGAAGGAGCAGCGCGUCACUGGGCUGCUGGUGGCCGUGCUGGUCGGCCUGUCCAUCGUCAUCGGGGACCUGCUGCGGCAGAUCCCGCUGGCCGUGCUCUUCGGGAUCUUCCUCUACAUGGGCGUCACCUCCCUCAACGGCAUCCAGUUCUACGAGCGGCUGCAGCUGCUGCUCAUGCCCCCCAAGCACCACCCCGACGUCCCCUACGUCAAAAAGGUGCGGACGCUGCGCAUGCACCUGUUCACGGCGCUGCAGCUGGCGUGCCUGGCCGUGCUCUGGGCCGUCAUGUCCACCGUGGCCUCGCUGGCCUUCCCCUUCAUCCUCAUCCUCACCGUGCCGCUCCGCAUGUGCCUGCUCAGCCGCAUCUUCACGGACCGCGAGAUGAAGUGUCUGGACGCGGACGAGGCCGAGCCCAUCCUGGACGAGCGGGAAGGCGUGGACGAGUACAACGAGAUGCCGAUGCCGGUGUGACCGUGUGCCAGCGCCGCGGCGCAGUGGGGACGGCCGGGCAGCCCCGUCCCCGCGCCUGCGGGCGGGACACCUGCCAAAGAGACACCAGCGCCCAGCCUGGCGCCCGGGACCCCCGGCCCUCCCGUGCGGUACAGGGGCCCCCGGGCCCGUCCUGACCGGGGCGAGGGGCAGAGCCCCCGGUCGCCCCCCGGCAGAGCGGCAGGUCCUGCCCGCCCAGCCCCCCCAGACAAUCAGGUGUUUCCUAAAUCUGACCCUGUUUAAUUUAACAUAAGUUAAACGGCAAUAAACAGCUUCAUGAGGAGCAGGGGGGGCGGGGGCAGCAGCACCCUGCACCCCGGGGGCUGCACCGGCCUGUCCCCCAGGGCUGAGGGGCCGGGGUCACCGUGUGCCGGGGUCACCAUGUGCCGGGGGGCCGGGGGCUGCUCGCCGGCGCUGCCUUGUACGAAUAAAGCGACAGGACUUUGCACACUU